AUGGCGAACGCAAAGCAGCAUCUAUCAGUACAUGAGAAGAUAUCCAUGCACAACAGAAACCAUGGUAUGAACUUUUCAUAUGCGAAUGCUGCAGGCUUGAAGAUUCCUUUGAGCCUUACAACAUGCCAAAGCAGUACUGGCCUCCCACAUUUCUCACCGGGAGCUUGCUCCGCUAGAGGCGCGAAAGGUCUUGCUUUGCCUGAUGUCGGACGGGGUAUUUUCGGCGUAGCAGCAGUUAUGGCAAUGACAGCAGUGGCUCCUUUCAAUCGAGUUAAACUGUUGCUUCAGAAUCAGAAUGAGAUGCUUAAUUCUGGUCGGCUUUCUGGACUGACUGCUUUGCCCGAACUAUUAGGAAUGAAGGCUUCCUUUCCCUCUGGAGAGGAAACACUGCUAAUGUCAUUAGAUACUUCAUCGCCCAGAUUGUCAUUGGAAAUCGUUUGCUCGGAACCGGCAGCACAAAGUGCAGUUAGUGUUUCAUCUCCAUUCUUUGCCUACUCACUGGACUAUGCCAACACACGUUUGGCUACUGAUAUCAAGGCGUCCGCCAAAGGCACUACUUGUCCCUCUAUUGGCUUUGUUUGUGCCCCCGAUUACGCCAAAAACAAUGAUAUCAAGGCUGGUGAGAGGCAGUUUAAUGGUUUAGUUGACGUUUACGAGAAAACCCUCAGGUCUGAUGGUAUUGCCGGUCUUUAUCGCGGAUUCAACACCGCAUGCGUUGGCAAAAUCGUGUUUGAUGGACUCUACUUUGGAAUGACCAAUUCACUGAUCAAGCCUGUGGUUCUCAACAGCGAGUCACCGCGGGAUAAUUUCUUUGCUGGGGUCAUGGUUAAAUAUAGGGUCAUUUUUGGUGCUGCAAUGGCUUGUUACCCUUUUGACACUGUGCGGAGAAGGAAUAUGAUGACCUUAGGAGAAGCCAUCAUGUACAAGAAUUCUUGGGAUGCAUUUAACCAAAUCAUAAAAAAUGAGGGCGCUAAAUCUCUCUUUAAGGGCUUUGGUGCAAAAAUUCUCCACACUUCUGCUAUAACUGUUGCUUUUGUUGGCUGCAGACAAUUCUACUUCUCAAGUAUAUAA